GCGUGUCUGUUUUAGUUUCAGUAGUUAAAUGCUCUUUGCAUUUUGCGGUCGUCUUUUUCCGAAAUACGCGACGUAGUCGAUACAACAACAACAACAGCGGCAACAACAAAUACAAAUACAACAGCCACAAAAACGACAACAACAACAAAUUCAACGCAAAGCAACAGCAAAAAUUAUAAAAUAUUUUACGCCUGCUGUUGUUGGUGUCAGUGUCUGCGUGUGUGUGUGUGUGCGCCAGUGUAUUUACUCUUUUUUUUUUUUGUAAUAGUCAUCGGUCGCUGGUCGUCGUGGGCGCAAAAAAAAAGAAAGAAAAUAAAUAAAUUUAAUAAAAUACAACAAAAAAGUAAACAUCAAAAUUGUGUUGCGUUCUGCUAAAUUAGCUUAAAGCUUUUAGUGAUAUUCUUAUUGGAACAACAACAACAAAUAGAAACAAGCUGUGAAAAUUCUUUUUGUAAAGUAAAGCAAUAACUGCGAAACGAGGAACAACAACAAAUAGCAAAAGUGGGAACUGCUAUUUUUUCUACAUACAUACAUAUGCAUGGCAAAGAGUGUGGCAGGUUAGCGGGACACACACGUAAACACACAAAUAAACAAAUAUAAACAUACAUACACAUAGAAAACAACACUAAAUUACUGCAGCAGCAAAAGCACAAAAUAAAACAAACUAAAAAUGCACAGCAGCAGUAAUUACCAAUUACCCAACAACAACAACACCAACAAUAGCAACAGAAUAAAUAUCAACAAUAAUAAUCAUCAUUAUUAUAAUCAUCAUCUGCAACAACAACAACAACAACAACAAAAUACGAAAGUUCCACGUUUUUAUGAUCGUGUUACGACAUCAAAAAUCUUAAUAAGCGGCAUACCGCUGCAAACACGUUUCGAAGACAUCGAACCGCUACUGAAGCCCUAUGGCAUCGUCAAACAAUGUGAGGCUAUUUCUAGUAAGGAUCAAAAUACUCAAACAGUACAUAUUACAUUCGAAAAUCCUGAGCAGGCGCAAAGAGCUGCUGGUGGUCUAAACGGCGUCGAAUUUGAGGGCAGUAAACUGCACGCCGAGCAAUUGGACAAAAAUCAACGUCGCAGCCAACGUAAUCAACGUAAUCCGUAUCCGGGAAUGCCGGGACCCGGACGUCAAGCGGAUUUCCCGCUACGUAUAUUGGUACAAAGUGAGAUGGUCGGUGCGAUCAUUGGACGUCAGGGUAGCACCAUCAGGACCAUUACACAACAGAGUCGUGCUCGGGUCGAUGUGCAUCGCAAGGAGAACGUCGGCUCGUUGGAGAAAUCAAUAACCAUCUAUGGCAAUCCGGAGAACUGCACCAAUGCAUGCAAGCGCAUAUUGGAGGUUAUGCAACAGGAGGCGCUGUCCACGAAUAAGGGGGAAAUCUGUUUGAAGAUACUUGCCCAUAAUAAUUUAAUUGGCCGCAUUAUUGGCAAGAGUGGCAACACUAUUAAACGCAUUAUGCAGGACACGGACACGAAGAUAACCGUUAGCUCAAUUAAUGAUAUAAACAGCUACAAUUUGGAACGCAUCAUUACGGUUAAGGGCCUGAUUGAGAAUAUGUCGAGAGCGGAAAACCAAAUCAGUACGAAACUUCGCCAAAGCUAUGAGAACGAUCUACAGGCAAUGGCACCCCAGAGUCUUAUGUUCCCCGGUCUCCAUCCCAUGGCAAUGAUGUCGACACCGGGUAACGGCAUGGUCUUCAACACGAGCAUGCCGUUCCCCUCGUGUCAAGGCUUUGCCAUGUCUAAGACACCGGCCAGUGUGGUGCCGCCGGCAUUUCCAAACGAUAUGCAGGAGACAACAUAUCUCUAUAUACCGAAUAAUGCUGUUGGCGCCAUUAUUGGCACCAAGGGAUCCCAUAUCCGCAGCAUAAUGCGUUUCUCAAGUGCAUCCCUCAAGAUUGCGCCCCUCGAUGCCGACAAGCCGCUGGACCAACAAACGGAGCGCAAGGUCACGAUUGUUGGGACACCGGAGGGUCAGUGGAAGGCGCAAUAUAUGAUAUUUGAAAAGAUGCGCGAGGAGGGAUUCAUGUGCGGCACUGACGAUGUUCGCCUAACUGUCGAGCUGCUUGUCGCCAGCUCUCAGGUUGGACGCAUUAUUGGCAAGGGCGGACAGAACGUGCGUGAGCUGCAACGUGUCACGGGUAGCGUCAUUAAGCUGCCAGAGCAUGCGCUGGCGCCACCUUCUGGCGGCGACGAGGAGACACCUGUGCACAUCAUUGGGCCAUUCUACAGCGUUCAGUCUGCACAACGUCGAAUUCGCGCCAUGAUGCUAUCGACGAAUCCACCUCCAGUGACCAAAAAACAGAAAGCUGCCAAAGAACAACAGUUGCAACAACAACAACAGACCUUAGCCGGCGCAGCGCCAAGUGGGACUCAACAACAACAACAACAGCAGCAGCAACAACAACAACAACAACAGUCGCCGUCGCAGCAGCAGCCGCUGCCGCUGCAAUCGCAUCAUCAAUCGUCGGCGGCGUCGUCGUCGGCGCCACCUGCGCAUCAUCAGCAGCAGGCGUCGUCGACAGCGUCUUCACAUCAAUUGCAGCAGCAGCAGCAGCAGCAGCAACAACAACAACAGCAACAGCAACAGCAGCAACAACCAUCACCGCCACCCGGCAAUGCAUCGGGCGCCACACAGCAGCAACAACAACAACAACAGCAACAACUGGCGAGCUCACAGCAGUAAACAGUUGCCGGGGGGUUAUGGGGAGGGGGCCAACAGAUGGAGCAGCCCAACAACAACAACAAUAACAACAACAAUACAAAUAAUAAUAAUAAUUACAAAAAUAAUAAUAAUAAUAAUCAUAAUUGCAAUAGUUAAAACAAUUCUCAACUUAUAUUCGGAUUUGUCAAGGCAGUUUUCUUGUACGUUUUAUUCACUUGCAACAACAACGAUAACAACUGCAGCCACAGCAGCAGCAACAACAAUAACAAUAACAACAAUCAGCACAGCAAACGUCGGCAUAAAAAGAGAAUGAACGAAAGAAAGAAAAACGCAAAGGAUUAACAGAAUGCGAUCUCUCUCGCUCUUUAGUAUAACAGCUGCAGCAGCCGAUUUUGUGUUGUAUAACAGUUGUUGUUAAACGAAAGCUUGUCUCGUAAAAGAGAGCCCAAAAUAAAUGCUAUUAACGUAUUGUUAUACUAUGCCCUAAUUGUUAUACGUCAAACUGUUAUAUGUGGCGAUUUAUGCUGCCGCUAAGAGAGUAGACUGGCAUUUUUGUUAUACACACACACACACAAACACCACACAUCAGUUAAAGUUGAAGAAAACUUGAAGAAUGCCGACAGAAAACGAAAGCGAGUAACUGUAAUUGGAAUAAACAACAACAACAACCACAACAACUUGUGCUGUAGAGCAGCCCCCGCCACAGCAAACAACAACAAAAACAACCAUUGUACAUCAUUUGAAAAGGAAAUUAUACAAAAACAACAACAACAACAAGAAUACAAACACUACAAAAUGAAAGGAUAGAAAAAAGAUGAAAACUAAACAAAACAAUAAAAAAAAAAAAAUACAAAAAAUCAACAAAAAACAAAUACAAAAUUUAAGCCGUAAAAUGCAGUUAAUUUCGUUUUUUAUAUAUAGAAAUAUAAAAUUUAAUUUUUUAUGAAUUAUUUUAUUUUUUUUUUAUUAAAACCAUUUUUAGUAAGCGUACAUUAAGUGAAAAAAACAACUACUACUACAACAAAAAGUAAAAACAACUAAGUGAAAAAUAAGAAAACAAAACAAAAACCAAUCAUUUGGUUUAUGUGUGUUUUUUUGAUGUUUUUUUUUUUGAUUUUUGUUUGUUAUAAUAUCGAAAAAUUCAAAAAGAGAAUAGAAUGUCAGAGAGAGGAGGACUAAUGAGGAAAACUGAAAACUGUAUGUUUUGUUUAUAUAAUUAUAAUUAUUACUACUACUUCUAAAUACAACUGCGGUCUAUUUAUCUACUUUGUUAUCAUAAAAUUUGUCGUGUAUUCAAACAACAACAACAAUCACAAGAAAACGAAGCGAAAUUUCAAGCAGGUGUCAACUUCAGCCCACCUCAACAACGACAAAAACAAAAACAACAACAGGAAAUCUAAACUAAUCAAUGGAAACGAGAACCUGUAAAAAUAAAAGAGAAACAUGAAAACCAAAACAGGAUAACUAAUAAUAAUAACAAUCACCAUAAUAAUAAUAUUUUUUGGAAAAGAAAAAAAAAACAAAUUCAGAUUUAGAUGGUCGAAAUAGAGAGUUUACGUCUAUAUAUAAUAUGUAUUCUGUACUCGAUGUAAAGGAAAUAAUGAAGCUUGUAAAACACACAAAAAAAGAUCACAGCUCAUGCAACUGUUAUACAUCAGGUAUAACAGCGAUAAACACACACAUACAAACUAUGUUGUGUCUCUCAACCUAAUGCCAACCAAGCAAUCUUAGUGUACAGCUGUAUAAUAGUUUUCGAGAAUUGAGAAUUUGAGAAUUUCGAGACGUGAAUUUAUGAAAAAAAAAAAAAAAAUGAAUUGUUAAUAUUGUUUGAGCGAACUAAGAAGUCUAGAGAGAUAGAGAGAGAGAGAAAGAAAGAGAGAGAGAAUGUAAUGUGUUUGCCUUGAAACAAAAAUAACGGUGCUGAAAUGUUAAUUUUUUUUAUAUAACGAUAAAGCGAGCGACAAGUGUUACAUAACGUCUUAUAUUAAAUGAAAUGAAAUAGGAGCAAUGCGAAACAAAACUGUUAUAAUUCAAUAUACACCACACUCACACACACAUACACACACACACUACACUACCUUACACUGUACAUCUAGUUUCACAUAGUUUUCAACAUGUCUUUACUUGCAUUUGUUCAUAGAAAUACAAUAUCAUAUAUAUUUAGUGUAUAACAGUUAUAUCAAUAGAGAAAGAAACGGUAACUUAUGUAACUGAAUCGGAGCAACAAACAAUCAAACAACAACAAAACCAAGAAACCCAAGACAAUAGCCCAAUUUUGUUGAAAUAUGCAUUAAAAUAGUAUAACGUGACGUUUUUUUUUUAUUAUAACACUUUUAUUUUGUUUAUUUAUAAAUAAAUACAUACAUACAUUAACAUAUACAUAUAUAGAUAUAUACAAUAAUACAAUACAUACCUACAUUAAUUAAUCAUCUGCUUUUUGUUUGUGUGUUUCGUUUAUAUUUUUGCCUUACUUUAUUUUAGUUAGAGUCUUAGAAAUAGUUAACAGCAGCAGCUCAUAUUAGCUCAGUUUGUAUAACACUUGCAAUAUUCAACUGUUAUACCAUAACAAAAAUCAACAUUUCGGCCAAAAAAAAAAAAAUAUAUAAAAAAAAUCACUAAAUUAAAGUUUCGAAAAGAAUACAACAAAUCAAAUCCAAUUCGAAAAGAAAUUUUCAAUCAAAAGAAGGUAAAAGAACAGCAGGAGAAGAUAAGCUUUUUUAGGGGCGAUUUAGGACAGAUAUUUUGACAUACAUACAAUACAAUACGAUACGAUAUGAUACAUAACAAAAAAACAUGUGUAAAAGAUCUAUUGAUGAAGAUUGAAAAAGUAAUUAAAAUACCUCAAUGUAAGUGCAUUAUCUUCUACGACAAAAACAAAAAGAUAAACAAAUGUUAAAACCUAACGAAUAUGUAAAGUGUGAGCUAAAGCUAAACAAAACAAACCAACUAAUAAUAAUAAUGAUAACAAGAAACAAAAAAAAAAAACUAUAACUAAAUGAAGAAAUACAAAAAGAAAAUCAUAAAGAUAAUUAUGAUAGUUUUAAGCAAUGAAACAAAAUAAGGAUUAAAGAACCUAAAAUGGGCUACAUACUAUAACAAGAAAAACAACAAAUAACUGAAACAACAACAACUACUACAACAAACAACAACUAGCAACAACAACAACAACAACUUAAAGGCAUAUCAAUAAAUCAAGUGAAAUGCUUAACACAGAUUUCAUGUUCAUGAAUCCCAGCAAGUUUUUUUACUGUGAAAUCGGUUAGCAUAAACAGUUCCAGUAAUAACAUAAACAACAACAACAACAACAGACUUGUAACUCCGACCCAGAUAUUGACAACAGACACUCAGAUCAGAUUAGGAAUCA